GAAGUUAGCCGACCUAUUACCGAAAAUAUUGUAGCUCCUUAUAUCAUUCGGGAAACUGAAGAAGAGAGACAGACUCGCAACCUUAGCAAUGAGAUUUCCGGGCUUCGUCUGGAUAUGGAUAAUUUCCAGACUAAUAUGCAAGAAUUACUAGAAAGAAGGUCAGAAGUGGGUACAACUGUUUUUGAGGAACAGCAGCAACAAUUAGAAACGCAAAUGGCGGAAACCCAAACUCGCUUGAACGAAUUACAAGCUCGCUACAAUGCUAUUCCGGAAGAAAUUCGGCGAUCUAUACGCAAAAUCUUGGGUUGGAACAAGAAAAAGAAGGAAGAAAUUCAAGAACAAGUAAAGGCUCUUAAUACUGAAUUGCAAGUGCAAAAAGUUGAACAGGCCAUUGAGCAACUUCGUCAAGAAAGAGUGGUUAAAAAACCUAAAAAAGCAGAAUUAGUUGUUGACAAGCAAUCGGAGGAAAUGAAUUAUAGUGAUUAUGAGGCGAAUAAUAUUGGAAAUGUUGGAGAUAAUAAACACUUCAAUAAUAAUCUCUAUAACAAAUUUCAUGGUUCAUUAGAACCUUUAAAAAAAUUAAUUAAAUUAAAAGAUCUUCAUAUUUCUAAUACCGAUAUUGAUAGUGGAUUAGAGUAUUUGCCAGAUAGUGUUGAAGAAUUUCAUUGUUCUGCUGAAAAAAAUCCUGAAAGGGAG